UUAUAUAAAUCUUAUAUAAGUUUUCUUGAGAAAUAUCCUCUUCGAAAUAAAUUUAUAAUAUUAUUAUUAAGAGGAUUGGUUAAGCACAUCAUAGAAUCAAGAUAAUUUUAUAAAAAGCCAGAAUAAUAAAUGAACAUAACUAAUUAAGUUUAGAAUCCUCUUUUGAUUUAAUAAAGGGAUAUGAGAUAACCACUUUAAAAAUAGUUUAAUUAGUAGAAUAGUUAAUUAGUAAAUUACUCAACGGCUAGUAAAUAAUCUUAAGUAUCUAGCCCUAAAGAAAUUAUAAAAAAUAAUGAAGACACUAAAUAAAAAUGUUUGUCUGGAGAGGAAUGCUUUCGAUAGAGAAGAAUUUAAAUUUAAAAUUAGCAGCUUUUGAAUUAGCAGAAAAACAUCUUAGACGAAUUUAUAAAAUACAAUUAAAAUAUUUAAAAGACUUCUGAUGAGUAUAUAAGCUAGCGUAAGCAGUGGAAUAAAUCUUUCGAUCUCUCUAAGAAUAAGAAAAUUAUUAGUAUUAAAGGAUAAGAGGAAGAAUAAAAUAUUAUAACUAUUGCUUAGUAUAUGGUAAAUAAUUCAAAUAAAUCAUUUGAAGAGCAACUAAAUAAUUCUAUUCAUCCUUCUCUAAGAUCAUCUCCAAAAAAUGAAAAUAGUAAAUAGAAAGAAAAUUAGAAUCCUAUUUCUCAAUAAGUAAUUCAGUUACCUUAAGAUAAAAAAUAAACUGAGCCAGAAUAAAUGUAGAAAUAAAAUACACCACUAAAAAUAUAUAAAAAUAACAAAAUAUAUAAAAAUUAGUAUGCUUAAAAAAUUCAAAAUGAAGGUAGUAUUAUGCAGUAAAGUUUGUAAAUUAGCUAUGAAAAAUCUACUCCUAAAGCAAUACAAGAUGGACAAGAUAAUUUUAAAAUCAAGUAUAUACAAACUGAUUUAAACACGUAUAAACUAACUCCUUAAACUGCAGUGUAAAAUAAUAAGCUGCUAAAUAAAGGAAGGUAUGAUGGUAAUGAUAAAAGAUAAAGGGCCUCUUCUGUGACAAAUAAAAGAACUAAUUCCUAAUUGGGAUAGCCAAUAAGAGGAUCUAAAAAGUAAAGCAUAAAGUCAAGACUUAAUAGUGAUUCUUAUGAGAUUCAAACUGAGAAUAGCAACAAGCUGCCUGAAAUAUUUUAAUUCGAGGAAGUUCCUUAAAUCGCUUAAAAUUAAAUUAAUACUCCUAAAUCUAUUUCUAGUAAUAUUGCAUCUUCAAAGCCUAUAGAGUCGCUAUAAGAUACAGGUGUCAAGCUUUCAACUUAUAACUAAAAUUAUUCCACCAAAUCUUCUUAUAGAUAAAAAGAUUCUGCUGACUCAAUGUGCCAAACAGAGCCAAAUGAUUAAUACAAAAUCACAAAAUUAAACGAAAAUUAAAACCACUCCACUGAACCUGAUUCUUCAUUUUUAUUGACAGAGUACAAGGUUUAUAACUCUAAAUCUUAAUAUAAAAAUCAUGGAAGAAGAUUUCGUUCUUAAUCAAGAGCUUCUUCAUAGAUGUCUGAAAAUAUAGCAUAGACUAAUUAAGUGAGUCCAACCUCUUUAGGAAUAGAAAAUUAAAAGUAAAUGGAACAUCUAAUAAAAACAGAAGAUGUUUCUAUAGGCUCAGGCUAAAAAAAUUAAUAUAAAUAAAACAUAGUAUAACCAUAGCAAAAUUAAACUUAACUUAUUUCAGUUCAAAACAACUAAUUUUACUAAUAUUAUUAUGAUAGAGGAAAUAAUUUAAAUCAAACUCAAUUAUUACACAACAAAUUAGACAAUAGCUAAGAAUAAAAUAAAAAAUAUUUAAUAGGCAGUAUAAUAAGAAAAGAGUAAGAAAAUCAAGUAUAAAAAGCAUAAAACAACACUGAUUAAUCUAAAUUGAUGAGUACAAACAAUUAAUCGUCUUUAAAUCCUAAUUUAUAAAAUGAAAAUAAUUCUAGUCAGCCGAUAUAAAUUGAAACAGAUUUAGCAGCAUAUCAAUACAUAGAAAAGUUAAAAAGAGAAAAAAGACUGAGACAAGAGGAGGAUUACAAGAAGUUUUUAGCUGAAAAGUAAAAAAUGAAUGAUUAAUUUAAUGAGUUUUGCAUCAAAAAAUAGUUGACAAAUUCAAUCAUUAAUCAGUCUGUUGUAAAUAACGAAAGCUAAGCAAUGACAAAUCCCAGUUAAAUUUAUUAGUAUAAAAACUAGUAAAGAAUGAUAGAAAUUUCUAAUAAAUGUUAAUAAAUUUAUGAAGAGUGUUUAUCCUAAUUGCAAAUCUCUCCUUAAGUUUUUCAGCCGUAAUAAUUAAACUAGCAAUAACAAGCAUAAUAAAAUGUAGUAUUUUAGAAGAAUAAUAUUUAAGAUUCUCAUCCUCCAAAAAACAUUUAAAUUGAUCCCGUUGCUAUUACUUUGCCAAGACUUUCACCCAUAAAUUCUACAACUAAUAACUCUACUAAAUUUCAAAACGAAGAGUAAAGAAGUAUAAGCUACUAGAGAGCAGUCAAUCCAACUUUAAACAGUGUUUUUUAAAGCUAAACUAAAUCAACGAGAUCAAAUUCUAACUAACCUUCAAUGAUUAAACCUAACAACAGUAAACCUAUAACAAUAUCUAUGUAGAAAUUUCUAAAUGAUAGUUCAAAGGGGAUAAGCGAUAAAUAAUAUUUUCCCUCCAAGAAAAAGCUAGAGUCAUCAUCAUCAAGAGCUUCAUCAUAAUUGGAAAGUUCAAUUAUAAUUAACUAAAUCGAUGAGCAGAUAAAACACUAAAGUCCUUAAAAGCUAACUAACGAAAGUAUUAAAUUUUAGUCUUCGAAAAAGAAAGUCAUCAAAAUAAAAAAUCACUCUACUUUAUUAGAGAAUAAAGAUUCUCUAUCUUCAUAAAAAAAAUAAAAUACCAUUAAAGCAAAUAAUUCAUUAGAUGUAGUUCAAGGAGAAAAAUCAAAUAAAACUGAAAAUCAAAACAAAAUUUUAAAGAAUAAUCAGAAAGAUCCUAAAGAUGAUCCUUAGUUUGCAACCAAAAUAGAUUUAAAUCUAAAUCAACCACUGUAAAAAAAUAAAAAUUUAGAAUCAAUAAACAUCCAAUAAAAUAAUUAAACACCUACAAAAAAUAUUUUAUCUCCUAAAUCAAUUUUGAAAUCACCAAAGAAUUAUUGUGAAAGCUCAAGCAUAAAAAAUAUCAAAGAGCCUUAAGACUUCACUCUAGGUUACGACAGUUAAAUUCAAUUCUUUGAUCAAACUUAAAUGCCUGCUUCUUAACCUACAAUUUAUUCAAACUUGAAUAAGAGAAAAAAUACUAAAAACGAUUUAUCUCCUACAAAUUAAAAUGUUAUUUAAGCACAUUCACAUAAAUAAAUUUUACCAAAAACUCAAUUUCUAAGAGAAGAAGAAUUAAAUUAGCAGAUUUAUCAAAAAUUCUCAUAGUUGUAGGAAACAGAUGCUUUUUAUCGUGUUCAAACAAACUCAGUUGAUAAUUCUAUUAAAUAUAGCUAGGAUUUCGGUUAAAUUUUAAGUUUAAAUGAAAGCAAUAAUGAAGACAGCAAAAAUUAAUUAAGCCCAAUUUCAAACAAAUAUUCUGUUUAAAUUAAUUAAAUUACAGAAGUUUCCAAUACUGAAGAUGAGUUAUCUUAAUAAAAUACAAGGAAUCUAAUUAAAGGAUGUAAUUAAGGAUCUAAAUUCACAUUCUUAAAUUGCAGUUCGCCAGAUAUUUAAGACCAUGCAAAGGAAGGUUUAACUAGCUUUUCUUAAAAAAUAUUACAACCUAUGCAGAUUAUGCAUUAAAGUAAAAUAUUAUAAGAUAGCUAAUCUCCCUCUUAAAUCAGAUAAAAUUUAAUAGAUUAGUUAUCAAAUCUCAAUCAAAAAAGUAGCCUUUAAAAUUUAAAUGUAAGUUAAAAACUGGUUAAAACGAAUGAUGAAAAUAAAAAUUUCAGUGAAAAAACAAAUGAUUUUUAAAUUCAAGAAAAUUAAAUACUUUCACCAAAAACAAAAAACUAAGUUGAUAAUUAGUAAAAUGAUACUAAUUAAAUGAAUGAUAAAAAAAACAAUACUGAUAGUAGUAAUAAAUUAUAAACAGAGUAAACUAAAAUAUCUAAGCAAUCUAUUUAUGAAAAAUUAAUAGAAAAAAAUCAAAAUAAGUUCGAACAAAUUUAAUAAAAUUAUGAAAAACAAAGCUAAUAAAAUCUCUUGGAAUAAUCUCAAAAUGAUUAAAAAACUAAAUAACUUAUUUAAGAACCCUAAGAAAAGUAAUUUGUGGAAAUAAUAAACACUAAAAGCGGACAGCAAGAUAUACAAGAAGCAGAAAGUAGCUAAAAAUCUUAAAAAUAAAAUAAAGUUAAUGAAGGAGCAAAACAGAACUAAAUUAAAUAAAAUCCUGAAUAAAUUGAUAUAGUAAAAUCUAAAUCAAAUUUAUAAUAAGAAACAAAUCAUGUAAAUAUUAAUAAUGAUAAUCUAAAUUAAAAGCAAUGUAAUUUAAAAGAAAGCUAAGAAAUCGAUAUCUAAAGAAGCAACAAUUUGCAAAGUAUAAUAAAUUAAAAAAUUUUAAAAAAUAGAAAUAAAAAUUUAGUUAAUGAAUAAUAUUAACAUUUAGAAAGUAAAAGGCAAAAUGUUGAAUAAAAUAAAUAAAAAUAUAUAGAAGAAUCAUAAUUUGUUAUUGAAUUGGAUAAUGAUACCAAUUCAAAUAGGGCUUAAUCUCCAAAAUAAAUUGAGGACUAAUAAACCAAUAAUCAAUUAAAUGAAUAAAAGGUAAAUAUAUACUUAAACAGUAGAGAUGUACCUUUAAUAAUAAAUUCUUCAUUCUACUGA